AUGUCCUUGGCUCAAACGAGGGUGCUGGUGAACGGGUCAUGGAUGGAUCUCCACCAUAUACUGGCCAAGAACCGUGAACAGAAUACCGACGAGGACACUGACAUGGCUGCGCCUACACCCGAGAAACCACCUGUUGUGGGCCUCCUCUCGCAAACUAUCAUUCGAAGUCCCGUUAUUAAUUGGAUUAUCCCGGCACGCGUCAGGCAUAAAGACAAGAAUGACGUUGUUCUCAUUGGCGAACAUUUCAUUCACAUCAAGGAGCUCCAUUCGGACGGUCACCUUCAGCAUGUGGCUUCAAAAACCGACUUUCACGCUUCAAUUCGAUCUGCAAGAGUAUUCGGUAUUGCACGAAAACCCGCUGCGUCGGGCUUGGAUGCCAUCAUUAAGACCGAAGAGGGAGUUGACAUGGAGAUCGAUUCCCCCCAAAGAGCCCUGCCACCGCAGGUGCUAUUGCUUUCCCUCUCUACACGAGAGCUAUUAUUUCUCUUUGCUUUAGAUAGGGAUGAUGGCGGUGUAGACUUUUUCACCAGUUACAAGCCACUCCCGGAGCAGAGAUCAUUUCUGGAGCAGCCUGGUAGGCAUCUUGCAGUGGAUUCAAAGUCUCGAGCUCUUGCAGUUGCUGCUCAUGAAUCAUCUUUCAGCAUUUACUCGCUAAAGAACAUGACGCGUCUGGGAACAGAAGCAAAGCUUGACCCAGAUUCCGACGGGCGAAAUUUUGAUCCUAUACUCGAGGAGAGACAUAUGUUUGUCAAUGGCAUCAUCUUAAAAAUGGAGUUUCUUCACCCGCCCGCUGGCGAUGAAAAUCAUGUGAUAUUACUUCUCAUUGUGCACAAGUAUGGCGCUGUUGCAAGUGGUACCAUUGAAGCGGCGGCUAACUGUAACUUCGACAGAGAUGGCAAGUCAAGGCUGAUAUGCUAUGAUUGGGAUGCAUCCACAAGCUUGCGGACCGUAAAACGGUUACCGACGGAUGGGCAGCGGCUCCCAAAAACGAUUUACGAGGGCAUACUCUCCGGGGCUGCCAAGAGGAGGGCAAUCCCACUCGAAACAUCAAAGGAUCUUCCAAGGAACCCAGGAAGCUCUCGUCGGGCACCUCUCUGGACGCAAUGGGCCCGACCUGUGCGGAGGGAAGAAUAUCAGUCAAGGCAUGACGAUCUAUUUCUUUGUCGAGAAGAUGGACUCGUGCGCUUUCUCGAAAUCAGUGACGACAGUGAGAUGAAAGUCAAUUCUCAAAUGCGUGCAGGCAUGCUGGACUGCAACAUUGAUACUGCCUUUGCAAGCCUUGAUCUUGGCCUAGACCGCGAAGAUCUACUUAUCGCUGGUGGUGAUAUGAGUGUGGGCGGACUUUAUCUGUUUCGAGCAAGAGAGCAUCCUGAAUAUGUAGAGUCAUUGCCAAAUUGGGCACCAACGAUUGACUUCAUCGCCGAUGUCCCUCCUCGUCGAAAUAUUAUUGACAAGAAACAGCCCCCGCUCAACGGAAACCGAGCUUUUGCUUGCACAGGUAGAGGUGCUUUCGGUGCACUUUCAGAACUACGCUAUGGGCUUGAGGCCCACAUUGGUUCAAUCACAGAAGCCGAAGAACUUGGUGGGGUAAAUCGACUCUGGGCGCUGCCUGAUCUAUCACAAGAUGGUCUAUUUAUCCUUCUGUCUUUUCCAUUACAUAGCCUCCUUUUGCAUGUCUCUGAGGAUGCGCAAACAAUCGACAGCGAUUUCGAUGACUCUGCCACCGGACUGAACCUGGAGCUGGAGACCUUAGCGGCGGCAGUAACUCCAGAUAAAACAGUUGUUCAGGUCACCGAAAGCGGUGUACAUCUUACCAAAUUGGCAUAUAAGCACAAUGACGAUAAGCCUGUCAAACUCUCUCACAGUAUCGAACCUGAAGAGAGAAUAAUUGCGGCAGCAGUCGAUGCAAAAUCCGCUUUGGUAGUGGUCGUCGUCCGGUCAAAUGAUGGGCCAAUCCGGCUUCAAUUACUGCAUUGUUCCGAUGGUCCUCACGGUAGUCAAGAGCUAGCACUUGGUCAAAGCCUGCGAAUGAUGUCUGAUCCAACUUGCAUCGAAGUACUCCGCAUGCAGCAGAGACUUUUCGUUGCCCUUGGAAGCUCAACAGGAAGUGUGCAGAUCUUUGAUGUGGGAGAUGACCUGUCCCUCAAAGCUACUUACGAACAUGAAUUCUGCCCGCGCGACACACCCGACCCGUUCAUGAUUUGCGAAAGCGUCGCACUCCUUUCAGAAUCAAUUCCAGGCACUACAGAUCAUCGAAUGCUUCUCGUUUGCGGUCUUCGCAAUGGCCAGUUGCACGCUUUCACCAUAAAGGAAGACGGCGAUGAUACUUCUCUUCCUUUAUCAGCAAGGUCUUCGGUACAACUGGGAGACACACCCUUGAAGUUGAUCCCAUCCAACUCUCAGAAUUUUGUAUUCUUUCCGUCAUUUGAACAAUCGCCACUUAGUGCUUUGUCACAAAUUCAAAGCGAGAAGCACCUAACCCGGACCGGACUAUCAGGGUCUAUCGUAUGCGUCAUGGGAACAAGCUUGGUCAUAGCGGCACUGGACGAUUGUCCAAAGCUCGUACCACGGCAGUUUCUCCUGAACUCUUCGCCAAGUCGGAUAAUAUAUUCGAGCCACCUGAAGAUGCUUGUGGCCGCGUCAAUGACGAUCGAGGCGAAAUCAGCACGCCACGGACAAGGUGAUCUUGGUAAAGGCAGGCGUAUUAUACGCCCUGUCAUUUCAUUCGUCGACCCUGACAGGUCGAGUUCAACGUCCAAUGGCGAAUCGGCUCAGCCCCUAAGCGCCUCAGGCCAAUCUCCUAAAAUUGUUUGCAAACCCGGCGAAAAAGUUUUGUCAUUAUUGGAAUGGUGGUGCAAUGAAAACAAUAAGAGCUUCCAUGCAAUUGUGAUUGCUACAGGAACUAUACGUCAGUCUGGAGCUAGGAGCGGCAGAUUGCUCUUUUUCCGUGUACAAAAGAAAAGCGAUGGCAGAGUCGAAUCGCAGUUGAAAUUCAAAAUCGGCUGCGACAAACCUGUCUACUCUGUAGCCAGCUAUGGGCCGAACGUUACGGAGAAAAAGUUCACUCGGGUAUGCCAAUACAAUCUACGAUCACCAAGCGUUCAUCUAUCUGUCGAAGCCCCUUAUAUUUAUGCGAGUACGGCGCUUGAUUCCCUCACGAUACUCAAAAUUGAAGAUGAUAAGAUCACCCCCCAAUUUAGAUGUGUUUGCAGCGACGAACUUGCACGGGAUGGCAUGUAUCACCUCAAUCUGAAUCACCUCAGCAUAACCUUAGCUACCGAUAAGGCUUGCUCCAUUGUUGGAAUUUGGAAACCCCCUCACCCACGCAAGCAAACUACUGCGCCAACAGUAUUCGAUGCUGAGCUACCAAGCUCUAUUACACGGCUCCGACUUAUCUCAUCGCGGCAUGCGGGACUGCCUACACCUGCAAACACUCCUGGAGUCUUGGAAGACAGAAUCAUAGGGUCUAGCGCAGAUGGCACAUUUUACCAUUUCACUAUCCUUGAAGAGUCUGCAUGGCGGCUUCUCCGAUUCAUCCAAAAUAUGGCCAAACGAAACACCAAAAUUUUCCCCACUCGUCGCUUCUAUCGGCCUAGGAAGCACAUUGAACCUCUGAUGACCGGCAAACGAGCAUUCCAUAUUGAUGGCGAUGUUCUCAAUUGUGUCUUAGAUCACGGUGUAUCCGAACUUCACUCAAUGCUUACGCGUCAGCCCGGCCUCGAGUCCAGAUUUGUUGAUUUUGAUAGCGCUCAGGCGAGGCGCGAACGAUUCAACGAGCUGGUACGCGAAUUAUUCGGUGGAGAUAUCCAGGAUCCGGUCGAGACUGCUUUCCAGUACAUCGGUUAUCUCACCCAAAAUAUCUUCUAG